AUUACAAACAAAUGUUAGCCGUGCUUGUAAUCUUAACGACUAAGUAAACUAAUAAGUAAACGACUAAAUCAUAGAAGAAGGUCAAAUUUUGUUUGGGGCAUUAAAUCCAGAUAUAAUAUUUUAAACAAAUAUAAGUAUUUAAAUAGCACCGCUGCCGUUUGGUCAUAUUAUAGAUCAUGAUCAAAUAUGUCCUAGCUUAAGAUACCGAUAGAAAAUAUAAAGCCAUGUAAAACGGUCUUAUAUUUCUUGAUUUUCAUCAUUGUUAGCAAAUUAUGAGUAACGGGAUGCAACGUAUUUUGGAAACCAAUAUUAGCGUUCUACCUAGAAACUGGAGAAUGCGUGCAUUCGAAUAUCAUUAACACACAGGUAAUGGAUUAGGGAAGUAAAAAGAGCAUCGAGUUGUAGGGAUAAACGAAAUUAAUGCUUGUUAGGAGCAGGCCAAAUUGCAUAAUCAGUACACCAACAGUUUGCAAAAAAAGAACAAUCUAUUUCAUAUGUGAUACCAAAACAAAUGCAUUAUUCAGUAGGUCAAGGAGCCAUCUUUACUCGGAGUCCAUAUAACCUUCUUCACACCCCCUACCCCCACCCACUCCUCCAUCCCAUUCUUCUUGAAACUUACAAUAUUGCUUUAAAAUACAGAUUUCAGAUUAUAUUUAGUUAAUGUAUGUAUGGAUAAAAAGGAGUAAAAUUUCUGACAGAGUAAGGGACUCAUAGAAAAGUGGCGGAUUUUGGUGAAAGAAGGAACCGGCAUGAUGUUGUAUAACAGAUGCGAAUAAAGAGAAGACAGGAAUCCAUCAUGCAUAAAUGGACCUUUUUUCCUUCGCUAAGAAAGAUGGAAAACUUAUUUUAAACGAAUAAUUUCGUUUUGCAAUUUUGACACUUGUUACUAGAAUAGUUUGUUGGAAAUUAAAACGUUUUCCGAAGCGGGAAAUCAUUGGAGAGGGAACACUCCAUUGGUGAAAUUAGGAAACAGGACUUCUUGUCACCAUUUUUAAGAUUGAAGGUCAUAUAUUAAAAACGUUUUCCCUAAAAUAGUAGAUUUAUUUUAUGAGAACGACAUUCUGACAUAAAAUAUUGGGGAAGAAGUUUGUAGAGGGAUGGAGGCACGAGUGAAUGGAUUUCAAAUUAAAUGCAGAUGUAUUAGUAACACAAUGCAGCCCAUUGUGCAACUUUUUUGUAUGUUAAAAUUAAUAUCAAAUCUAAAAAGAAAAUUAUCUGAUCCCAGGUAUUUUUAAAUGUUAUUUAAUAUUUUCCCGAAUUAUUUUUUUCUGAGUUUGAUCAAUCAGAUUUUUACAAAUGAAUUGAUCUUUCACUAGAAGUUAUAUUUACAAACAUUGAAUCACGGCUACAGAAAUGGCUAUUGCGACACUCGGGACUGUAUAGAAACCAUGCAUUUUGGCUACUUUUCCCCCCUCCACAAAGGUAAUGACCUGGGUAAAACACUCUGGUAUUUGAAAGAGCACUAUAGGCCUUUUAGAAAUGGCUAAGUCCAAGGCCGAGGUGAAAUUCAGGUCACCGCGUCUAACAAAUAUGAAAAUGUCGCCUCACGAAUGGCACGCCUUGUUACUUAACAAAGACUGUCAAUGUAUAAGAUUAAUAAGAAACAAAAUGCACACGGUGUCACUUUUCGGUCACUUCCAAACUUAGCUUCGCGUAUCCCUUACGAAAUCUCAUUUCAUUGAAUAAAACCUUUUGUUUUGUUUCCCGUGUCGAAGUCCAAUAAAUGCACAGUUGUGCGGCUCUGUGGGAUGCGGUGCAAGCCUGCUCGAAGAUGUAUCUUCGAAAUGUACCAUUUUAUUUGUUUUAUUUUGUUUUUGACUCGGAGACCGGCUGUUUUAACCACAUGCCCCAGAUAGAGAUGCGAAACAAGUACACUUUGGCAUGAUGCAAUCUAUCUGAUAAACCCCGGGAUGGAUUCGGACGCCUAAUGAAGAAAAUAUGAAACUGUUAAUCAUCUAAACUACUGAUUUGCUGUUCGGAAGAGUUAAGACUGGUAAAGUGUAAUUUCUGAUUUAUUAAAACGCGAAAACAAAUCUUCCAUUCAGUGCCUCAGAACUUGAAUCCUCUUUUACGUGAAACAGAUUUCACGAACUCGACUCUUUCUAAAAUUAAAAUUUCGUGGAAGUUCUUAAGUUGCCCAGGUUUUGGAAAUGUCGUAAAAAAAAGCGUUAACUUUGCCUCUCUCUUUAAAAUGGCUGUAAAUCUACCCUUGCAGUAAAAAUGUCAAAUGUGCACGCAGGCGAGGUAACACUUGGGGGUCUUGGCUCCAUCUCUGUUUAUUAUGGAAAAAAUGCUUUGGCGACUGACCUACACUCGCUCGUUUUCAGAAACGCCCUGUGUUUAUACGAUGAGCUCUAAUUCCCCAUUUUUCGACAAAAAACGUAAAUACAGAUAUCACUCGAGCUAAUUAGUAGACUGCUUUAUUUACCGGCAAUUUAUUUGGUUAAUGCAAACCAAUGCACACUACGCCUACCAAAGGGUAGUCAUGGGGCGUGUGGUAAUGGUGGGGGCACAAGAAUUUUAGGAAGUUUAUAUUUCUUAUAAAGGGUGUUGUUUAAAAGAAAGUAAAAUUUUAUUGGCAUACUCUAGACCAUAUUAUUUCAUAACAUUGUAGGGAAUAUUAUACUUUAUUUAAAUAUAAACAUGCACAGAAUAUAUUCUAGGGGGUGUACAAAAUAAAAUCGCACAAGAAAUUUAUGUUGCUGUUUUAAGUUGUCCCUUCCUUGUACGGUGAGUAGUGGAAAUAAGCAUGUAUUAAUUACACCGAACGUCAAUUGAUUUUUACAGCAUGGUGUUUAAUUGAACGCGUUCUAAUGGGCGAUUACACUCCGCUGCAGAACAGGCUGGGUUGGUAAAUGUACUCUACUAAAUAUGUGUUCCAGUGCAUGGAAAAGAUCCACUCUAAUAAAAUGUGAGCAAAUGUGCCUGGAUACAGUGUGCCGUUCAAACAAUAAAAUUGAGAUUUUAACGCAUCCCUUAUUGACAAGAACGAAUGCUAAUGAAUCACUUUUAUGGCAGUCCAGAAAGCAUAUUGCAUAUGCUUAUUUUGGAAAUGUAACGCGCAAUGCAGCAACUUGCCACUUCUUCUGUUGAGGCAACUUCUUAUUGCAUGUAUUCGAAAAAGAUCAGAAUUCGCAUGUAAGCAUGAUAGAAUUUUAAUCAGUUUAACUAAUCUAAAACGCUAAUUAGCUUGCUCAAUUUAUUAUUGUCUUUUGAAGGAAAAGACAGUAAACAUUAGAAGGCGUUAUCAAAUACCACUGGUGUUUUAAUGCAUUGCUUUAACAGAUAAGAUUUAUUAAAGUUACAUGUUUCCUGCAUCCACUCUUAACCGUGAUAUUGUAGAAUUACCUGAAAUUUAAUUGUUUUUUUUCAGUAAUUAGCUAUGCAAGGAGAUGAAACAAGCUUCGUUUCAGAUUGAAUUGUGCAAAAUUAACAAUGUUUAUUAAAUUCCCUUUAACAUAUAUCCAUUCAAAUUAAUCGAUUUACUGAACAUUUGUGCUUUCUGCAUGUUUUUAUACAUAAAAGUAAUGCAAUCAGUAUACAUCUUAACAGCCCAUUUCCAAUAAUACAAUGUUCGUUUCUGUCACUCUUAUUUCACCUAGCUCAAUUAAAUCAGAUUUUAAAAAAUAAUAUCGUAGGACAAUAUUAAAUUAAAAAUAUUGCACAAUCGAACAAUUAAAUGGAAGUUUUAACAAAAUUUUAUUGUAUCACGUUGUUAGUAUCAAUUGAUUACAUCACGUUUAGUAGUAUACAUGAAGCAGUUGGACACAAUCUUUCAACAUUCUCUUGUGUUAUCUAACCCUUAGCGAAUGUGAUUUUACAUUGAGAUCUUACUGAGAUAUUCGAAAAGACACAGGUUUUAUUUCAUUAAACCUAACAUUUUUAAGAAUUUUAUGGGAAUUCUUUCAAAGGCUGAAUCUCAGAAUGUCUUCAGUGGCAUCUGUUACUCCAGUGAACUCUCGGAAUUAUGCCACCAAAUAGCCUUAACUUCCCUGCGAUAUAUGCUUAUAGAGUCGCAUUCUCAGAAAUUAGUAAACUAUUUAAGAUAGUAUCAGACAUCUCUUGACACUAUCUUGUGAUAUUUUCCCCCGUUAACACACGUCAUGCAAAUAUCUGUUGUCUUUAUAAUAUCGUGACAUAACUGCCUAUUUAAAAUUAUUUUGCAAUUAGAUUUUUUUCCUGAUUACUACAGUUUUUUUUCUAUCUAUGCGGCAACAUAAUUUCGGGGAAACGAGAUUUUGAAUGAUAAUAUGGAAUUUUUCACUGGACUCCAUGCAUUCAUCAUUGGUGUAUUUCCUUAUCCGGGACCCACAGCCACUCGUCCCAUUGGCUGCUUACAUCACAUGAACAGCUAACUUUAUACACUUGACAGCAAGUAGGAGGGUUUUAUGGAACAGAAAAACGACAACGCGAGAAAAAUUAGUAUUUUGCACUUCAGAAAUUAAUGACCAUGAGUUCGUUUUUGAUAAACUCCAACUACGUUGAGCCAAAAUUUCCACCUUGUGAGGAAUAUUCUCAAAAUAACUACAUACCAAGCCAAUCUCCUGAAUACUACGAGCGGCCGCGGGACACUGGAUUCCAUCAUGAGGCACUAUACCCACAAUCAAACUACCCAGAGCCGACCUACAGCUUCAACAAUGUCCAAGGCACUGGCAACCAGGACAUGUCGCAAAGGGGUCAUAUGCAGUCGCAGACUAGCCUCCAAAAUCACAUACCGAGACAGAAUCAGCUUUGUGAAGUGGUCCCAGUAGCUACACCAGCAUUGUGUGGCCAAAAUGCGAAAAAUCCCACUGCCCAGAAGGGUACUCUCAGCAAAGAGCCCAUAGUUUACCCGUGGAUGAAGAAAAUUCACGUUACCACCGUGAACCCAAAUUACACUGGAGGAGAACCCAAACGGUCUCGAACUGCUUACACGAGACAACAAGUAUUAGAGCUGGAAAAGGAGUUCCAUUUUAACCGUUACCUAACCAGGCGUCGACGCAUUGAGAUUGCACACACUCUUUGCCUGUCUGAACGCCAGGUGAAGAUCUGGUUUCAGAACAGAAGGAUGAAGUGGAAGAAAGAUCACAAACUGCCUAACACUAAGAUGCGUUCUGCUAGCUCAUCAUCUUCUGCAAGCCAGCAAACACAAGUAUCCUCCCAGGGCCCACAGCCAGAUGGUUCAGCACCAAAUUCAUCAAGCCUAUAGCUGCUUCGAGUCUCCAACCCCUCUCCCACAACAUAGUUUGGACCAAAAUGUGUUCGCCACAUAAUUGACUUGAAUGUGGAAGGAUUUCUUGGCAAUGAGAAUUUUCUUCCAAAGGAAAUAUGCUGUUAACCUCAUUAGGGCCACGCAUUUCUAUUGUGUUAACCCAUUCUCAGCAGACUUUAAAAAUGUUUUACUGUUUCAUUGGGUACGUUCUCUAUCCUUCAAUAUCCCUAUAUGAACCGAUGCUAAGUUCUGUCAAAGUGGCUUCUACCAUGAUAUUCAAAGCAAAAAGAGCAAAGGACCGUGAUUAAUAGAUAUUGUGAGGAACCGUAAGCGUCAUCAUUUCAACUAGUGUAGUCUGUUGAAAUAUUUGUGAGAAUAUAAGAAUAAACAUGUUUUAGAAAAUGAGAAGGGCAGCAAUAUUUGUGGAUGUGGAAAUGGUUUUUAGAGCAAAUAAACUGUUCAGAUGCUACAUAUAUAGGAACUAAAUUAUGUCGCCAGCGUUAUUUAAGGUGUUUUCUUUAUUUUAAAUCUGUAUCCUCUAUAUAGUUGUGGUACUGAUAUCAGUAUAACGAAUGUGCAAGAAGCUUAUUCAGAGAUUUCAGUCGAGUUGUAUAUUUAACAAUUUUGGUACAGUCCAAGUGUGACGAAACUGUACAAAUCAUUGGUAAGAUUUGUGUAAUUUCUGUGGAUAUUUCAGUGUGCUAUGUGCAGUGCCAAAUGUUCCUGAAACGAAAGACAUAAUUUACAGUGUGUAAACCAAAGCCCCAGGCUUUAAAUAAAACGUUAAUUCGUGGACCAUC